AUGACUCGGUGUCCACAGCCUCGCCCAGGCACCUGGCGACAUCCACAGCUCAAGGAGAUUGUUCGAAGGCAAAACGCGUCAACAUUCGGAGACCGCAAUGUUAAGAAGAUCGCCUUGAAUGGCGGUUCUAUGCUCAAUAUACCAACAUAUCCCGACUUGGUUCUCCUCGCCAUUCGCCUUCUGCUUCUAUUAAAUAUCGUGGUUGCUCUAUACCCUCUAUAUCGCCCAAAGGAUGAUUUAUCCGACAUCCCCCUCACACCCUCACAACGGUCUCUUCUCGGCCUCGACCCGAGCCACAGCGCACCUGCUACGCCUGGAAGUAAAUAUGUUACCCCUCCAAGAUAUAGAUUGUCAUCUGGCUCUAGAACGGCCAGCCCGAUUAGUCCAAGUUCCUCACCACUCUCUGGAAGAUCUGGAAGCCAGUCAACCGGCAAGUCUCAAGAUGGAUUCCCGUAUUCACCUUCGCCAAGCCCGUUAUUUCACAAGGCUAUGGGGAAUGGCACAAAAGAGUCGCGCAGUGCCCCUUGUCCAAGAUCUGUGGACAGCCUUGGCACCCUCUCCAACAAGCAUCCAAGACCCAGGCACGAAACCCUGGUUGAUACCAACCUAAUCUUGCAAGCUUUCGUCCCUCCAUCUACUCCAGUCUGUCGCGCUGGCAAUCAUCUUCUCGCUGCUUUCCUCUCCUUACAAUUUCGGGAGGUCAUGGGGGGUUCCGAAUCCAAGCUGGCCUUUCGACAAGGCAUAUUUCGGUUAUCAGAAGAAAGCAACAUUGCGGCCGACGAUCCCUAUUGGACCGGGUUCUGGGAGCUCCCCGAAUCGCCUGAAGAUGUUUUCAGCUUGUUCUCUCCAGCCGACAUACGACGGACACGCGAUGCUUCCAUAGCAAAUUUAGAGACGUUAAUAUUGGCAGUCACCUCCCGUCUUAUUGUUCUAAAAAACCAUCCCUCAUUCCCGGACCCUGAUCUUGCGCCUGAUAGAGAUGCGCUCAAUUGCAUUCGCGUUCUCACACGUAUCCUUCCCUUCAUUUACGAAUCAGAGAAUUUGGAGGCAUGGGAGGAGAAGUUUUUCUGGGGGAGAAGAAGGAAGAAACAUCGGCAUGCGCAAAUUGCGUCUCAGGUGUUAUUCGAUGGGGCGAGUGAGGACGACGAAAUGCGCCGGUCGAAUCCACAGGACCACCAGAAUGAUUAUGAUGCGAAACCGUUGGCAGAAGAGCUCAUUGAUACUUUAGUAGAUUUGCUGUUUUACAGCGGAUUUACCAUACCGACAAUACCCAAUGCGAAAGGAAAAGUAUCAUACUCGAUUUGGCAGAGCGGAGUUGGGUGCACUACUGCAAUGGGAUCGAAUAAAGAAUUGGAGAGUAAUCGGUCCAAUCUAUGUAUAUGCCUUUGA